AGUAUAUUUUGCGCUCGGAAUUAAUUAGUCUAUUGAUCGGACGAUUGGGAACUUAAAUUUGGCCGAGUUGGAUCCACAACGUCAAUCGUCUCCAGAAGAUCGAGCAAGGAAUUCCCGUGAACAUGUAAUCCGGGUUUAUCGGCAAAGAGAACAUCAAAUGAGAAAAUGAGAACUCGUACGGUGCUGGUAUUUUUAUUCGUCUUCAGCGUGUGGACGAUCGACUGCACGGAACCGUCGGACAGGCAGGACACCACGAUUCCUAAGACGAAAGCCACGAAUUCGGCCCCAGAUGCCAACAAUAAUGGCACCGCCACUGUGGAAAAAGUGGACCCUAGUGCAGCUCCUAGUACAGAAAAGCCACCGAUGGUGAUAGAAGGGGGCAAUGCGCCACCGAAAAAGGGAGAUUUGAAGAAGGAGGUGGCCAUGGAACCCAAGAAGAAGCUUGCCGAGCAAGAUGAAAAGCCUGAUGAAGCAUAUCCACAAAAAGUGAAGCCUCGCAAAGGCGUCAACUUCAGUGAGUUCCAGACGGUGACUCCGAUUGUGCCAGAGAGCAACAAUUGCUCCAACUCUAAUGACACGUCAGACAAGUGCCAGAAUGCGACAGUGACUACGACGCUGCCCCCUCUGACGACGUCGGAGAUCACCCCGACAAGCACGAUGCGUCCAAAGCACCACAAGCCAAAUGUGACAGAUGACGUGCCCGAUCUGCAGACCCCUGCUAAACGCGAAGACUACGUAAUCCCCGUGGUUGGCAUUAUUUUCGUCAUUCCUCUCAUUGUGAUUCUCGGAGCUCUGGUCUACAAGAAGGGAGUCGAUCUGUGGGAACGUAGACACUACCGACCCAUGGACUUCCUCAUUGAUGGCAUUUACAACAACCAGUGAACUGCUUAUAUUUCUCUCUCUCAUCACACGCCGACUCGUCAGAUUAUGAGAUGCUUUUACUUAAAGAGCCACUUUUUAUUUUUUUGCAGAAAAGAAAGAAAGGGUUUGAUGAGUGUAUCAGAGUUCAUUACUUUUUUAAUGCGCGUUGAAAUGAACCUAUAUCUUCUAAUGAAAAUAUUUACACAACUUCACUGUGAAAUUUUACUCCACGUCAAUGGAAAACUUUGGCUAUGUAUUCACACUAUGGCAAUGUAAAAUAUAUAUGUGAAGAUAUUCCUCUUAAAGUAGGUGAAAUCUUGGAAUGUAGUCAUAUUUUUUCUAAACAUACCAUGGAAAUUAAAGCUUUGCUCGCUGUGCGUUUUUGACAAUAUCAAGAUAUUAUAACAGAACGGAACUGGUUAAUUAAAACUAUGUUGAAAUUUA